GGAGCAAAUUAAAAGUUGCCAAAUGGAGAUAUUGGGUUUCAAGAGGAGUGAGACAGGAGUAAAAAGGGUUCGCCUCUUGAGUCGUCUUUAUGUUAUGCUAAUCGGGAUAAAUAUUUAUGGCUCGACGCCGUUUCGUCCUUUAGCCUUUUCGACUGAUUCCUUAGCCGAGAAAAACAGGCGGCUAGCUAACCGAGCACAGGCCGGCGGUGGGGAAAAAUGCGACCCGCGCUGAACGCAGACCCCGGGUCUAGGCGUUUCGUUUCGGGCAAAUCGAGGCGAAUGUGACGCUGUUUUUUUUUGUAGCGGUGCUGCUGGUUGAUGAUGAGCCACAAAGACGACGAAUGAAAGCCUCCCCGAGCACAGAAAGAAAGAAGCACGUCAGCGGCGACGGGCGUGUUGUGCCUCCGCCGCUGCUGCUGCUUGAAUGUGAUUACCUUUCUGUCGAUUCAGUCUAUUUUUGGAAAUAAAACUUGCGAGCUGAGCUGUACAUUAGCAGUUAUUUUCUGAACCGGCGACUGCGGUGGUACCGAACCGCCCGGACUAGCUUGCGGCGAAGCGAGCAUGCUCGGGCGGAUUCCGGACAAUGCGAAUAUGGGCUCGAAAUUCUAGAAAAUAUUUGGGGAAAAACAUCCAUUAGUCGUCUGUCCUGAUCGAUUUCUUCGUUAUACUUCUGAAUCCAACGCUGUUGAGCUGCUACAAACCAUUUAAUGAUUUCUACGCACUUUUUGCUCAGUUUUGUGUGUUUUUAAUCCUAGCUAACGUUACAGUUCGAAUUGAAUAUGGCGAGAUUGGCUGUGAACGUUAAGCUAACAUUUACAUGUUGGAACAACUAAGAUUUAGGUGCUUUUUCUUUAAUAUUGAUGAAUUAUUUAUCAUUUUACACACAAACAGGUCACAUUCGGGGCUUUUUGUGAAAUAUGUUAAUUUUCUAAUCGUUUUAGCUCAGUUUUCUGUUAAAGAAGCUCGACGUUGCUUUUUGUUAACAUUAAAGAACAACUUCUAAAGGAGCCUCGCCUUCAGUCUGACUAGCAAAUGUCGUUUAUGCGCUCCUUAAACUAAAAUAACUCGAUUUUCUGUGUACUAAUUUGCUAUAGCAGGCCGUAUUAUCUUUAAAAAGUGGCAGUAGUUUAAUUUUAAAGGCUUGUUUAGUCUGUAGCUCCGUCGUUCUUUGUUCUCCCUGAACCAAAGAUGGAGGCUGUAGUUGCUCCUGGUAAAGACAGCCUAUGGCCGGGGAACCGCCAUUUUGGAGCAUUGCAGUUGGAACGUUCUACACUGACAAGAACACACACACAAAAAAACCCCAUUUACCAAUCACUUACACACAGCAGUCUAAAUUGAAAGACAUAUUAUUCAAAUGUUGGUUUAGUGACAACAGUAAUUUGAAUUUACGUGCAUUCUUUCAGCAUGUGUGCUUCACAUUGCAUAAAUACAAUGAAUAAAGUAAGUUAACAGCCAUUCAAACACUCACUCACUGGUAUGCUGAAUCAAGUAAGUGCCAAUGUGCUUUUCUUUUGUAUCCCCCCCACUUUAUUGCAAUGCACCAAGAGUGUCUAUGUUGGCUGCCACAACAUAAAGCCAACACCUCUUUCAGUGUAGAGAUGAAGCUCAAAACAACUAUUCAAAGGUAUAAAAGGAAGCAGGGUGGAGUUAUUUACACUUAAAUGCCCAUUUUCACUCUGCAGAGAGACAACCAAUGUGGAACAGCAGAGGAGGGUAAUGGGUGGGAGUUUGUGUUCCAAGCAUUUGUAGGAGGGGAUGAAGGCCAUCCUGUCCUUUUAGCUGUGUACUGAAUAACAAAUGUGUCCCCCCGCUUCCCUUCCCAUUCCACACCCCCCAUUUCACACAGACACUCAUCUUUCUUUGUGCCUCUCCAACACUGUCACACCCUGUGUUUCACAUGUACAGUUCUGUAAUUGUACUAAAUGCAGUUUCUCACCCUGCAGCCCAACCUGUUACAGGAAAGAAAGGGUGUUAAAUGACUGAAUCCAUGCUACCUGCUGGAAAUCUGUGUCAUGGAUGAUGAGGACGAUCGCCGUCUUCUGGAUAUUUUAGGAGAUGUGGAUGCACUGAAUGAUUAUCUCCAUGGCAGCAACAGCAACUCUAUUGAGGAGGAUGAUGUGACAAAUGCAGCUUAUGGUUCAGAUGGAUCCUUCUUUGGCAGUGACACGUGUGUCCUUCAGGCUGGCUCCAACACCAGCCUCAAAGAUGGCUCUUCCACAAUGGGUGAAUUUGGCGAGGACUCAACCGGGGCAGGCCUCCAGCUCUCUAGCAGCCUCUCAUUUAUCGAGGAUGAGCUGGGGGCCGAGGCGUCCCCUGGAGAGGUGGAUCUCGGGGGAGAGGACCAGCCCUUCGACAUCCUGCAGAAGUCUCUCCUGGAGGCCGACAUCACGGAGCAGACGCUGGCCCAAGAGGCCUUACUGGACUCCCAGCCUGCUCCCACUCUGGUGCAGGCUCCUGUUCCCUUCUCCUCCCAGCUGGUCUCAGGGGGUUAUGGAGGUGGGGUUGGUGUGGUAACAACGGCAACCACUGCCUUCACCACAGGCCAGUUUCUACAGGGAAUGUCCCAGCUACCCAAUGGCUCCGCCCAGCACAUCCAGGUGUUGGGCUCUUUUGGGGCCAGUGGCGGGGUAAUGACUCUGAACAGCUUGGAAAGGACUCCUCAGAUCGUGCUAAGGCCGGGGGUGUCUGUAGCCCCGGCAGGGAGUAUGCCAGGGGGACAGGUGUUUGCCCCUACCCAAGGUCAAGUAGGCCAAGUGGGCUUACCCUUCAAAAACAUCCCCCUUCAAAACAUCAUCAUCCAGAGAGGCCCAGGAGGGACCCAGACUCUUGUUAGACCAAUCCAGCCUAAACCCCUUCAAACGGGGGCUCAGACUGUCUACAGCCUUGGUCUUCAGCCCACUUCUACCACUGUGGCUAAUGUAGUGAAUGCUACCACUGCAGCUCCUGGGGGACAGUACACAGCCAACGGCUCCAUCGUAGUGCAGCCGCCCCUGGAGCAGCAACAAGCACAGACCCAGUCCAACAUACCACCUGGACAGUUCUUACUUCCCAGCUCUCUAGCGCUCACUCCGUCCAACACUGUCCACAAUGGCCCCGCGGACCCCAACUCCAACACCCUGAUUACCAGUCAAAACACAGUGCAGAUUGUUGCAGGGCAAAACUUCGCUGCCCCUCCAGGGGGUCAGCUGAUUUUGAAUCAGGGGGUUGUGAGUGGGAGUCAGGUCGGAGGGGGUGUAGCUCAGACAUGGACAGGAGUUUCUUGUGCGAGUUCCACCGCUGUUCAGACGUCAGGUGCUCCGGCACGGCUGACGCUGGUUGGCCCGACAACAGCGAGGAUCGGUGGUCAAGGCCAAGUGACGGCUAGUCCUGUGCAGCGCCUUCUAGUGACGCAAACCCAGAACUGUGCUUCUUUGUCACCUUUACCUGGUAGUGUGACACAGGAACAAGACUACAGACAGAAUUCUUCAUCACCGGCCUUUAAACAGGCACAUCUCGGCAGCAUCCAUGUUAUGAAAACCAUGACACAAGAUUCAAUGCCUAACUCUGAGGCCAGUGCACAGAAGAGGCUUAUCCUUCCACCACUUACAAGAGGAGAAAUGAUUUUACAACAUUUACGGAAGGAUCAUGCUGGAGUUCAGACCCCAGAUCGACGUCGGUUCACUUCAGUUGAUGAUGCUCUGCUUCAACUCCUCCCAUACCACGUGUUCCAGGGAGCUCCACCGAGCCAGGACGAGUUCUCACAAGUGGAUGAGGAAUUUGAGGUAGUUGCAAGUAAUGUGCUGAAGAGGACCCAGGCCAUGGUAAACAAAUACAGACGCCUACUAAUGGUGGAAGCAGAGCGUUCCAGUCCAUCAUCAGAAAUGGUGAUGAUUGACAGGACCUUCAACCAAGAGGAGCGCAGCAACCUGACGCAAGACAAACGCAUGGUACUAGUGGAUCCAGAAAGCUUCUUGGAGGACUUUUGCUGUGGGAUGAAAUCCAAACUUUUCCAAGACCCCUUGCCCUUUCAGUCGAUGUCCAGCUGUAGUUGGAAUCAGUCAGAAGGAGGCUCCACAGAGCCACCGUACAGGACAGACUCCCAGCCCGAGUAUGGAGAGCCGGGAGGGGGUGUAGCUGUAGGAGCAGGUUCCACAGAGAGACUCCACCCGCCACACCUAGAAAACAAGAGCGUGCUUGAACUGAAGAGAUCCCAGCAGCUUUUUGGGCCCAGGGGCGGCGGUAACAACAGCCACAUCGCUGCUAACAGCUACCCCCAAGGAAAACCCUCACAUUUUGUGGCAGCAUCAGGAGGGCAGACGCACUACCAGGUGUCACAUCACCUGUCCUCCCACCCGAUGCAGCCCCAGUAUACCCCUCCGCUCACCUCACCCCCUCACCUGGACACUGAUUCUGCUCUGGAGGCGGCGGUCAACAGCAUCCUGGAAUGUUAAGACCGAUAUCAUCCCCAAUAUAUCAUUUCAACUCCUUUUGUGUGUGUUUCUGCAUACAUUUUCUUUGUCAAACUGAUAUUGUAAUGUUGGUUUUAUGGCCCCAGAGCCCUGUGUGAAGAGAGGUUAACUCUUCCUUUGGGUCUGUGAUCUCUGUGUUAUGCAGCCAUGUAGCAUGUAUGUACUUUGCGGUGUUUUUUUAUGAGGCAUUAUGUCAGUGAGUCUGCCCAUGUGUUAGGUGAACACAGGCACUUACAGUUACCUAUAAAGAUCCGGGAUGGUGUGCAAUGCAAUAGGCUAACAGAUGCAAAAUUUAGUUUAUUUUGGUUUUGAAGUGGUAGGGUCUGCAGCUGAAUGAGUUCCUCUCUUCACACACCAGUUAAUAUUUAGUGCCAGUUGAUUACCCCUUUCUCUACCUUUGCUGAACAGCAGGGAUGAGGAGGGACAAAGGGAUGACUCGGUGCCUGAUUCUAGGUUUUUAUAUGGAAGUGUUUACCUGAAGAAGCUCUAUUCAGAAAUAUCCAUUCACUCAUCCCUUCCUGCAUUACAAACACGUGAACAGCAUGCACACAUGCUUUUGUACAUUGUGUUAAAUGGAUUCAUGGUUCAGAGCUGUAGUUUUCCUUCACAUUCACAUGGACAAAUUGCACUAAACAUACUGUCGCUCAUUUCAGGAACUAUAUCCAGUACAGUUAGGCUAAACAGAAUGUGAACAUUUGGAACUGAACCAAAAUCUGCCUGCUUUCAGCUGCCUGCAACAAGGAAAACCUCUUACACUAGAAACCAGUCAAACUCGCCUCAGACUCAUAAAGUAGUGUUACCAUACUCAGCAGUGCUUUCUUUCUUGUGCUUAAGUCACAUUUUCUUUGGCGUUUUUUUUCUUUUGUACCUUAAAGGUAUGCAAGUCCUGACACAGAUGCAGGACAAGUCCUUAUCUUGACCAUUUUUAUCAUUUCACAGUGAGCUUGUGUUCAUGGAGAUAAGUCCUCAGAUUGAGGAAGAUAUGUAAAAAUAUGCUGAAUUAAUCUUUUUACUUCAUUUUUAGAAAUGACAUUUGAAAAGAGGACUGUUUCUGUUGGUUGUGAUGUUGUUCCCAGCGUUGUGAACAUGAACAUGUCAGUUUAAAUGGCCCCGCAGGUCAUCGACUGUACGUGUGUUUGUCUGCCUUCUGCAUAUAAUAUAUAUUGAUCAUAUCUGUCUGUGCUUUACUACCAUGACACGUCUAUCAGUGUGUUCAUCUGCAUCCUUACAGGUCUGACUGCGUUUUCAUGUAGUUUGGUACUUUGCCAUAUGUUUGUCUUUCUGCCCAAGUGUUUUUCUCAGUUCCCCAGGAUGUUUUCUCUGUUUUUUGGUCGUUCUUUUCAAGCAUUUCUCACAUUUCCUCUCUUUUCCCUCUCAGCAGCUCAACCAAAAUUAGUAGUAGAGAGUGUGGUCUCAUUCAGAAUCCCCCUCAGAUUGUUUUAAUUCUGUGGCUGUUAGUACAAAGCAGCUUUUGUCCGAAUCCAGAAUAUGACUCAACUAAGUUCUGGUUUUGUCUAUUUUUGAGGUUUCAUUUAGUUUUAACAGCCAAAACUUAGCUUACUGUGAUAAGUCAUUAUGAUGAUGAAUUAUUCCUAAAUGUAUUUCUGCUUUUGGAAUGACACUUUUACAAACAAGUCUACUGGAAUCUGCACUGUGGUUUAAGCAAGAAAGGGGGUUCUUCUGAAGCCAACACGGGACCAAAGUUUAGGUUAAAAGCAUUAGAAGCUCCUGGGGUUGAUUCUGGACAACACCACCUUUCUCUUAUGGACAUGUCUGUGCUAAUAGGCAACUGGAGGAGACUGAAGGCCUUUUACAUGGGCUAAUAGAGAACCAAUCUGUCUUUUUCUCCCUAUUUUUGAGUGCCAGUGGCCGUUGCAGCCUGCCUGUAUUUCUGCCUCAGCCGUUGCAGAUCUCUUCUAUCUACUGAGAAAACUGGGCUCUCAGCUUGCAAAGUAAAUCUCUGCUGACAUAUAAGGAUCAAGUGAGAUUUUGCUUUUGCUCCUUCAAGUGACUGCUUCAAGAUUUCGUGCCUCGAUAGCAUUUCGACCUACAAGGACGAUCCUUCAGCUUCAAGUCGGGACGGUGGUGGAACAUUCUGGAUGCAUAUCUGGGUCCUGAGGGCCUGAUAGGAAUAUACUGUGCUUUUUCUCCCAUAUUUUUUUUUGUUUUUCUGCCUCCAUUUACACUUUUUGUUUUGUCCCAUUUGAUUUGUAUGGUUUGUUUUUUUGUAUAAAAAUGAAAAGUUAAACACAAAAUAUAAUUUUUGUAUGGCGAAAAAAAGAAUGUACACAAAAACAUAAGAAAAUGGAAAUUAUUUUUUAUUGUGUUUGCUAAGAAGCGGUGUCAGGAGAAAUCAUUACAAGAAUGCUGUCAUUUCUUCAUUUAAUGUGUGUUCACUACAGCAGCAAGGAGAGUCAACAAUAAAUCAUUUUGAACACAAUAAACUGGUCCAGUCCGGC